CUCUCAUCAACAAAACAGCUUUGAAGGAGUAAUCGCGCAUAUCAGCACAACAAUGGCUUUCGUAGGAAGAGCCGAGGUAUCUUGCUGAGGAUGUAAGCCACUGCAUCUGUCGGGCCUUCCCCGCUUUCUCGUUUAAUCUCACCUCCUCCACCCAUAUAUCUCGUCCUUGCCUUCAUCAACUAGCCCCUAAAACCAUGGCAUCUUCAUCCAUGGAUCCCGAACCAGAUGCAAUCAUGUACAAAGCAUUGCCAUCUGGCAUAACAACUAUCGCCCUCAACCGCGCAGCGCGCCGCAACGCCGUCGACCCAACCACCGCUCGGAAACUCUACGAUGCCUUCCUGAAGUUCGAAGCCGACGACUCCCAAAAAGUAUGCGUCUUCCACGGCGCAAACGGAACCUUUUGCGCGGGCGCCGACCUCCAAGAAGUCGCCAAAAGCGCUCUUUCGGAAGCCCCUCAUUUCGGCCCCGUGCGAGGCCGCAAUAUCGCGCCCAUGGGCCCCUCGCGCAUGCAAGCCCGCAAGCCGGUCAUUUGCGCUGUGAGCGGAUAUGCUGUCGCAGGCGGACUUGAAUUGAGUCUGCUGGGCGAUAUGCGAGUUGUUGAAGAGGAUGCGGUAUUCGGCGUUUUCUGUCGGCGCUUCGGCGUCCCGCUCAUUGAUGGUGGCACGGUACGACUCCAAGCUAUCGUGGGAUUGGGAAGAGCUAUGGAUAUGAUCCUGACCGGGCGAGCGGUCGGCGCGCAGGAGGCGCUGCAGAUGGGAUUGGCGAACCGCGUGGUACCCAAGGGAAAGGCGCUGGAAGAGGCGAUGAAGAUUGCGGAACUCUUGUUGCGAUUCCCGCAGCUGUGCAUGAAUAGGGAUCGCGAGUCAUGCUACUAUGCGGCUUACGCCGCGAGCUCGCUGGAAGAUGCGCUGAGGUUUGAAUUCGAUAAUGGGGCCGAUGUGCUCAUGAAGGAAACUAUAGAAGGAGCGAAGAGAUUUGCCCAGGGAGAGGGAAGAGCUGGGAAGCUGUAGAUGGAGGUGCACACUUGGGAAGACGGAUUUCGCAUGGGAUUUCCUAUCGAGAGUGAUAUACAAGUGUAAGGAGUUAGUUACUCAGAGAGUUUUCUACAUA